AUGUCUAUCUUUUACAGCUACGUCCUGCGGGACGUGUUGGAGGUGGAGCCGGUGUACUUCCAGGGGCGCGUGGCCGUCACCGCCGCGUCUACGGCUGAAGAGGACACGGCGGGGCCGCUCGACACGCAGGGGCCCUACCAUGCAACCUUUGAGGACAUUAUCAUGCAUCGCCUCACGGAACGGUAUGUGGGGAAGAUUGUGCCGGGGUGCGGGCUGUGUGUUGCUAUCCACGAGAUCCUGCAGUACACAGAGGGCAUCGUGCGGGGACCUUCCGCAUCGGCGUGGCUUACAGCUCAAUUUCGGCUUUGUGUUUUCGCCCCAACGCCAGGGGCACGCCUACGCGCAACGAUUAGCGCGCAAACCCGUGAGGGCAUUUUUCUCACGCUGGACUUCUUUCAGUUUGUGUUCUUUGUGCCUGGUGACCUACUUGUUGCGCCCUCGUCCUACCACGAGGAGAGCCGCUGCUGGGCGCUGCACGUGGAGGGCGAGGAGGAAGAGGAGGAGGCGUUGGAGUCUGCGUUAAACCCGUACGUCAACGGCGAUGAGGUUGUUGUGAAGGUCGAGCGCGUCAUUGUACGGGAGUUGGUGGAUUUUCACGGUAAUGUUGGGGGGAAUGGCAGCGGCAACCUCACCAGCCCCGUUGCGGCCGGGAAAGAGGACUCCUUGGCGUCGCAGUCGCCAAUGGAGGUGUGUGGCAGUUUUGUGGGAACCGGCCUUGGCCCUGUGCUGUGGUUUGAGAAGUAA